AUGGUGUGUGACGCUGCAGCUAUCGUACUGCUGUGCUUGCUGGGGGCCGCUCUGGCCAAUGAAUACAGCUGGAAUAGCCCUGGAGAGACAACAAAGGACCCCAAAACAGAGAACUUGUGUCUGGCGGACCAGGCCUCCUGCGGCUGCUGCCUGAUGCAGAAGCAGAUGUGGAGGAUGGAGCAGUUUUUCAACAUGAGUCUGAACGAGCUGCAGAAGGGCCUGGAGAAGGCAAAGGCCGUGGUCAACAACGUCCGCGCUAGCCGUAGUGCCUUCUCCGUGGCCCUGACCAACACACGCCGUUGCGAGGGCCCCUUCCGUGAAGCUAGGACCAUUGUCUACCAGCACAUCUUCGUUAACCUGGGCGAGGGCUACAACAACCGCACCGGCAUCUUCACUGCGCCCCGCUCCGGUGUCUACAGCCUGGCCCUGACCGUGUACAGCGACUCGGGCGCCCCCGGCGCCACCCUGGCCGCCUGCGCCAACCUGAUGGUGAACGGGCGCCAGGUGGCGGGCUGCAGUGAGCAGAACCAGCAGGACCAGGAGGACAGCACCACCACGGUGAUGGCCAUCCAGCUGCAGGCCGGGGACAAGUUGUCCGUCACCCUGCCCAUCGGAUGCUUCCUGUGCGACGAACAGAGCCACUACAACACCUUUUCCGGCUUCCUGCUCUACGCCACCGACUAA